AUGGACUACAUUGAUAUGUUGCUGAUUAUGGAAGAUGAUCUGGACAAGAAUCAGGAGGAUGGUGAUCUUCGUGAGUUUGGUGAAUCAUCAAUGACAGGGGAUGACAACAAUUAUCCACCUGAGCAAGACUCAUCCAGGGAACCCAAAGGGGAUUCCUCAAAUAAUAGUACUGUUAAUACACCAGAUUGGUGUGUUUGUGGUAGAUGUAGACAAUGCCCCAGGAAGUCGAAAACAAGUGCUGCAAAUUAA